AUGUCUGGCCCUGUCGGCGCUGCCUCCCACCCCCCCGCCAUGUCCGUGCCUGCCUGUUACAACCCUGUUGCAUGCGGCACCGCUCCGAGACACGCGCUGGUCUACCCGGCUGGGUGCAAAGAAAGUGCGUAUCGCCGCUCGACAAAAUGGGAGGGGGGUUCAAGGUGCAGCAUGCUGCGCAUCACACAUAAAUAA